UCGGUCCCGGCUGUUGCCGUGGCAACGCGCCGGCAAACCGGCCGCAGGGCCUCCCGCUGCGGGCGGGCCCGCCUCCCCUCCCAGUGUCUCCCCGGGCCCAGCCGUUGGGACCCCAUUUCUCCCGGGGUCCGGGGUCCGAGGUUUGGGGUGGUCCCAGUCGGCCCCGUUCAGCUCCACCUUCUCACCUCACCCAUCCUGGGACCUGCCCCUUUUUGGAAGUUUAAAGUGAACUGACUGUAGGGACUUGGAAGAAAAAGGGCAGGAGGUAAGAGGCAAAUGGCUAAGGCAGAAGAAGGAGGCAGAGUGAUUCUGAAAGCCUGCAGGGAGAAGCUGUGACCUCCUUUUCGUACUCCAUUGCACCAAGUUAGCCCAGCAUUUCCAGGGGUCUCAUGUGUGAAUGUAGGUGUAGUGCAUCAUUACCCUGAGGACCUCACCAACUGGAAGUUACAGUUUUCACCAUCAGCUUACCUCAUCACAUUUGGUCUGGUUCUUUUCCUCAAAGAGUGGAAACUUCUUUCUUUCAAGUUGCUUUUGUUGCAGAGUUAAGCAAAUGGCCAAUAGUGGCUCUGAUAAAAAAUCCACAAAAUGCUCCAACUGUUCAUCUACUUCUAAGAAAGGUUCACUUUUGGUAUGUCCAUGUAAAUCAAGGCUUUCUCCGAUGUCUGUGGUGGAAAUGUCCCAAGGAUCAAGCAUUGGCAGCUCAGAGUUUAUGGUUUCCCCGGAGAGGAAAAAAGAAAACCAAGCCAGCACAGAUAGUUCCUCUGGGAAAGAUAUGCCCUCAAAAACCUCAAAUGUGGAGAGAAAACCAUCUCAACAACAGUGGAGUCGGGGCAACAUUACAGAAGGAAAGGUUCCUCACAUAAGGAUGGAAAAUGGAGCUGCUAUUCAGGAAUUCUAUACCUUUGGAAAAAUAUUGGGACAAGGGAGCUUUGGAAUGGUCAUUGAAGCCACAGACAAGGAAACAGACACUAAGUGGGCAAUUAAAAAAGUGAACAAAGAAAAGGCUGGAAGCUCUGCUGUGAAGUUACUCGAACGGGAGGUGAACAUCCUAAAAAGUGUGAAACACGAACACAUCAUACAUCUGGAACAAGUGUUUGAGACGCCCAAGAAAAUGUACCUGGUGAUGGAGCUUUGUGAGGAUGGAGAACUCAAAGAAAUUCUGGAUAGGAAAGGGCAUUUCUCCGAGAAUGAGACAAGGUGGAUCAUUCGAAGUCUCGCAUCAGCUAUAGCCUAUCUGCACAGUAAAGAUAUAGUACAUAGAGAUCUAAAACUGGAAAACAUAAUGGUUAAAAGCAGCUUUAUUGAUGAUAACAAUGAAAUGAACUUAAACAUAAAGGUGACUGAUUUUGGCUUAGCAGUGAAGAAGCACGGAAGGAGUGAAGCCAUGCUGCAGACCACAUGUGGGACUCCUAUCUAUAUGGCCCCUGAAGUUAUCAAUGCCCAUGACUACAGCCAGCAGUGUGACAUUUGGAGCAUAGGUGUCAUAAUGUACCUUCUAUUAUGUGGAGAACCACCCUUUUUGGCAAGCUCAGAGGAGAAGCUUUUUGAGCUAAUAAGAAAGGGAGAACUACGUUUUGAAGAUCCAGUCUGGGAAUCCAUAAGUGAUUGUGCUAAAAGUGUUUUGAAACAGCUUAUGAAAGUAGAUCCUGCUCACAGAAUCACAGCUAAGGAACUACUAGAUAACCAGUGGAUAACGGGCAAUACGCUUUCUUCAGCAAGACCAACCAAUGUGUUAGAAAUGAUGAAGGAGUGGAAAAAUAACCCAGAAAGUGAUGAGGAAGACACGACAGAUCAAAAGGACAACUGGUCCGUUCAAGAAAAGCUGAAAGGUUACCAACGCCGCAGCCCCAGAGGAAACGCCCAGGAUAUCAGUAGCACUUCAGAUGAAGAGGAGGAGAAACAGUCCACUGUUUAUGAAAAGAAAUUUCCUGUGACCUAUAAGAAGGAAAAGGUGGACAACUUGGACACGAAGUAUACAAGUUCCAUAUCUAGUAGACACCUUCCGGCAGGAUUCAAGGGAGAACCAGAGAAAUCCCCCAUGACUUCAAGCCAAGCAAGGGCAACCAAGUACAUUGCUAAGUCCAAUGCCCUGCCCAGAACCAAAAAGAAACUCUAAGUGUUCUUCACCAAUGCGUAGUACAAACACAGAGCUGCUCUUUCUGGCGCUAAGACAAGGAGAUGGGAGUGAAGAAGACAGGACUAUGUUGAGCUUUGAGCCUUUUAGCCCCACUGAGCCCUGCCAUGGGUCUGCGCCAGCUGAAAUGCGAAGCCAGGUGACCCUGGCAGCCUGAUGCGAAAGGCCCACCGGCCCUGGGCUUGAUGGGGGGCUGCGGCUGAAAUCAACCCAAGAGGUUUUCAAGAGUAGUUUAGAGGAGCACAGACCCUCAAAGCAAGGCGGUGGGCAUGCCUGCUCAGUUUCACUUCAGAUUCUUAUAUUUAGGCACAAUUAUUUGUAGGAGAAAAUGAGAGCCAAAUAUGGCAAUGGAGGUUCUGAAUAAUUAUGUGCACUUGGCACUAGAAGAUUUUGUUAGGAAAUCACUAAUAAACUUGCCAUAGGCAUAUACCAGCAGAAGCGCUUCAGCCAUUCACAUGUGUUCUUGUGAUUUUAGGUUGCUAUAGAGUAUUUAAGAUAACUUAUUUUAAAUGUAGAAAAAUAGGAGAUUUUGUAACUGCUUGCCAUUAACUUGCUGCUAAAUUCCCAAUAUAUUGAUUGACUCAAUAAAAAAACAGAUGUUACCCA